CAGUGGGUACGGACGAUGGUCGGUGGAGGGGUCCUCCGUGCCCGCGCAUUGACGCGGGGCUGCCCGGGCGGGCGGUGCGGCCGCCAUCGCCGCCUCAGCGCGGUCCCGCCUCCAGCUGCCGGAGGCCGGGUGGGCGGCGGGAUGGCGGCGGCGGCGAGGGGCCGGGUGCUGUGCCUCUUCGAUGUGGAUGGGACCCUGACACCGGCUCGGCAGAAAAUCGACCCGGAGGUGGACGCGUUCCUGCGGGAGCUGCGGCAGAGGGUGCACAUCGGCGUGGUGGGGGGCUCCGACUACGCCAAGAUAGCCGAGCAGCUGGGGGACGGCGAUGAAGUCAUUGAUAAGUUUGACUACGUCUUUGCAGAGAAUGGUACUGUGCAAUACAAGAAUGGGCAGCUGGUCUCCAAGCAGGCCAUCCAGGACCACUUGGGAGAAGAGCUGUUGCAGGAUCUGAUCAACUUCUGUCUCAACUACAUGGCGCUGCUGAAGCUGCCCAAGAAACGAGGAACCUUUAUUGAGUUUCGCAAUGGGAUGCUGAACAUCUCCCCCAUCGGACGCAGCUGCACCCCAGAGGAGCGAAUCGAGUUCUCCGAGCUGGACAAGAAAGAGCGGAUUCGGGAGAAGUUUGUGGCAGCCUUGCAGAGGGAGUUUGCUGGCAAAGGUCUGCGUUUCUCUCGAGGUGGCAUGAUCAGCUUCGACGUCUUCCCAGAGGGCUGGGACAAGCGCUACUGCCUCAACGUGCUCGAUGAUGAGAGAUUUGACACCAUCCACUUCUUUGGGAAUGAGACAACCCCUGGAGGGAACGACUAUGAGAUCUACGAUGAUCCCCGCACAGUGGGACACAGCGUCCAGAACCCGCAGGACACGGUCCAGCGAUGCCGCGAGAUCUUCUUUCCGGAGAGAGCAAACGAGUGCUGACUGCACAGGUCCUGCAGCCCUGCCCCAUCCCUGCCCUCUCCCCUGCCAGGAAAAGCACCUUCACGUGAGGGAUCUGCUCAGGGUGACAGGAAAUCCCCACUGUGCAGAGCUGGUCGGGCUGUUAAGGCGUGAGCGCAGGUGGGUGCGCAGGAGGGGGCUUUGCUGAGCAGCCCUUUGGCACUCCCGAUCUGUGGCUGGGGCUCCCAGGACCAGACCCUCCUCGCCUCCAGAAAAACUUCUCUCUUGACAGUUUGGGCUGGGUGGGCAGCAAUGUAGAUGCUUUCUUGGUCAGAAAGUGUUGAGAGGGCCAGUCACAAGACCAUCCCCGUGCUCCCUCCCCCCUUCUCUUCUUUUCCCUCUGUUUCCCUUAACACUUCUGCAUGAGGGAGCAUGUGUCUCACCUUUCUCUCCCCUUUGCACCUUGGCUGGGGAGGUUGGGGCUGCUGAGGCCCCAGGCACUCUCCGUGAAGCUGCUCCGAGGCAGGAGGCCAGGAAGGCUGUUUGCUCCAAGUAGGAAGGGGUAGCUGCGACCCCAGCUGGUUGCAGCAUUGGGCAUCCUAACAGAGGGGUCACCAUGUCCUUCCCCUCAAUGCCACACCGUGCCAGUCGCUACAGGUGACCUGGGAAUUACAGUUUUAAAAUGACUGACUGGGCUUCUGCUCUGAGCUUUGCUCAGGCGCAUGAAGAAACUAAUUCUCUCUUUA